UGAAAUACAGUAGUAACGUUUAACCUGGAAGUCACAGUCUGGUGUCAGGCCUUGAUACUAUUAUUACCUAAAUAGAAUAUGGGUUGAAAUUACAUUGGAUUAUUAUUAAUACUUACAUUGUUUUGUUGCAGUGCCCGACGAUGGCGUAGAAGACAGUCCGCUAUCAAAGAGUUGCUUACGGUGCCUGUGUAUGGUGAUGGGUUGUUUGUCGGAAGGCUGUGUCGGCAACACUUGUGGCAUGUUCCGCAUCACACUCGGCUAUUGGGAGGCUGCUCACCAAAGACCCAGUCUCAUUCACAAUAAUGUAACAGAAUACGAGAGCUGCAGCAACAACGUGUGGUGUGCAGUGCGCACUGUACAGAGAUACAUGCGACGCUACUUACCGGUGAGAUAUAACUAACUGUUACAUUUAUAUCAAUACACUUGUUAUUGAUUUUACUAAAACAUUUGAUGGCAAAUGAACGUCUCUUAAAGUCGACCAUUUUCAUUAUUAUAUUACGACUUUCCGACGACUGUGUUAUUCGCAUAAGAUAUAGCUUCUAGUAGGUGAACGAAAUUUUAAUAUCGGUCCUGUGGUUUCAGGGACUUUCCAAUGCAAACAAACAAUAAAAUAUUCCCCUUUUUAUCACAUAUUUAGUAUACAUGUAACAAGUUUUCAGCUAACUGUCUGAAUAUUGAUAAAAUAUACUCAAUAGUAGUGGAAUUAAUAAAAGUAUUUCACAAGUGCGUAAUCCAUGCUAAAGUGUCGCGUAUAUGAUGGUUAGAAUAGUUACGCGGAUCGCAAAACGUUAUGGAUAACCUUAGACUGUAUAAUUACUAUGAAUUCAUAUAAAAUAUAAAGAUUAUUAUAAGACAGAGAGUUUCUUAUACAUUUUCAGAAUGUACAGACACUGCGGCCAGACAGGUUGUUGUGUGAGAACGCCUUAGCGCUCCACAAGUUCGGUUUCCGUCGAGGGCACCACAACCUGACUGACGCCAACUACUACAAAUUAUACAGCUGCCUCCACAGACAGGCCAUGAGGUGGCUCGACACUGAAAGGUUUUAGAUUUUCAAGCUAUUGCAAUUAUUUGACUUGUGUUUUGUAAUAAAUAUGUUACCAAUACCAUAGUAUAUUGACUCUU